ACCCCCCCUGAAACCAGUACACCAGUACCCCCCCCCCCAGUCUGAGGCUCGGUUCUGAUCCAGGCUGCUCGGCGCUGAGAGGAGGAUAGAGGGCGCGUGAUGCUGGUGGAGGAGCAACACACACACACACACACACACUCACACACACACACACACAGCCGGUGCAUGUGGACAUAAGCUCGCUCACACCGCCUCCCCGAACCGCGCGGAGUCUCGGGAGCGCCUCGCGAGCCCCGGAGCCCCGGAUUCGGGCUCGGUUCUGGAAUUUUCCGCGGGGCUGCUGUGGUGUUACCGCGCCGUGUCUGAGGAUCCCGGAGGCUCGGUUCUCUCAGCGCGGCUCCCGCUCGGAUCUGGCCGGACAUGGCGAGCGAUAAGCCGGGCUCGGUGAUGCUGGCGGCCGGCCUGCCCCUCCGCAGCAUCAGGACCAAAUUCGCCGUGCUGGUGGGACUGAUCCAGGCGGGGGAGGUCACGGACAGGGACAUCGCGGAGACCGUGCUGAAUCUGUUGGUUGGAGGUGAGUUUGACCUGGAGACGAACUUCAUCAUCCAGGAUGCGGAGAGCAUGGUGUGCAUGGUGGAGCUGCUGGAGCACUGCCGGGUGACGUGCCAGGCGGAGAUCUGGAGCAUGUUCACCGCCAUCCUGCGCAAGAGCGUCCGCAACCUGCAGACCUGCACGGAGGUGGGGCUGAUCCAGCUGGUGCUGAUCAGGAUGAGUUCAGUAGACGACAUGAUCGCAGAUCUUCUGGUGGACAUGCUGGGAGUGCUGGCGAGUUACAGCAUCACAGUGAAGGAGCUGAAGCUGCUGUUCAGCAUGCUGAGAGGAGAAGGAGGAUUGUGGCCGAGGCAUGCAGUGAAGCUACUGGCUGUUUUGAAUCAGAUGCCGCAGAGACACGGACCCGACGCUUUCUUCAACUUUCCAGGCCGGAGUGCUGCUGCGAUUGCUUUACCUCCCAUCGCCAAGUGGCCUUAUCAGAGCGGCUUCAGUCUCAACACCUGGUUCCGCAUGGACCCGCUCAACAACAUCAACGUGGACAAAGACAAACCCUACCUGUACUGCUUCCGCACCAGUAAAGGAGUCGGCUACUCGGCUCAUUUUGUGGGGAACUGUUUAAUCGUGACGUCGCUGAAAUCUAAAGGCAAAGGUUUCCAGCACUGCGUCAAAUAUGACUUCCAGCCUCGCAAGUGGUACAUGAUCAGCAUCGUUCACAUCUACAACCGCUGGAGGAACAGUGAGAUCCGCUGCUACGUUAACGGUCAGCUGGUGUCGUACGGAGACAUGGCCUGGCACGUCAACACCAACGACAGUUAUGAUAAAUGUUUCCUGGGCUCGUCUGAGACGGCGGACGCUAACCGGGUGUUCUGUGGGCAGCUGGGUGCGAUCUACGUGUUCAGUGAAGCUUUAAACCCGGCUCAGAUCUUCGCCAUCCAUCAGCUGGGCUCCAGCUAUAAGAGCACCUUUAAGUUUAAGUCAGAGAGUGAUAUCCACCUGGCGGAGCAUCAUAAGCAGGUGUUGUAUGAUGGGAAGUUGGCGAACAGUAUCUGCUUCACCUACAACGCUAAAGCCACCGACGCCCAGCUGUGCCUGGAGUCGUCCCCCAGAGACAACCCGUCCAUCUUCGUCCACUCACCUCACGCCCUCAUGCUGCAGGAUGUGAAGGCCACAGUGACUCACUCUAUUCACAGUGCUAUUCACUCUAUCGGGGGGAUCCAGGUGCUUUUCCCUCUGUUCGCUCAGCUCGACUUCCACCAGCACAGCGAGAGCCAGGUGGAGACCACCGUGUGUGCGACUCUCCUGGCGUUUCUGGUGGAGCUGCUGAAGAGCUCAGUGGCCAUGCAGGAGCAGAUGCUGGGGGGGAAGGGCUUCCUGGUGAUCGGGUACCUGCUGGAAAAGUCGUCUCGGGUGCACAUAACCCGGGCUGUUCUGGAACAGUUCCUGUCUUUCGCUAAAUACCUGGACGCUCUGAGUCACGGAGCUCCUCUCCUGAAGCAGCUCUGUGAUCACAUCCUGUUCAACGCCGCCAUCUGGAUCCACACCCCGGCCAAGGUGCAGUUAUCGUUGUACACGUACCUGUCUGCAGAAUUCAUCGGCACAGCGACCAUCUAUAACACCAUCCGGCGCGUGGGGACGGUGCUGCAGCUCAUGCACACACUGAAGUAUUAUUACUGGGCGGUUAACCCCGCCCCCUGCAGCUCCAUCACCCCCAAAGGCCUGGAUGGUCCCCGACCUUCCCAAAAGGAGAUCAUCUCACUGAGAGCCUUCAUGCUGCUCUUCCUCAAGCAGCUCAUCCUCAAGGAUCGAGGAGUGAAAGAAGAUGAACUUCAGAGCAUUCAGAACUAUCUGCUGACCAUGCAUGAGGACGAGAACCUCCACGAUGUUCUUCAGCUGCUGGUGGCGCUGAUGUCCGAACACCCGGCCUCCAUGAUCCCCGCCUUCGACCAGAGGAACGGGAUCCGGGUGGUCUACAAACUGCUGGCGUCUAAGAGUGAGAGUAUUCGAGUGCAGGCGCUGAAGGUGUUGGGCUACUUCCUGAAGCACCUGGGUCACAAGAGGAAGGUGGAAAUCAUGCACACACACAGUCUCUUCACACUCCUGUGCGAGAGACUCAUGCUGCACACCAGCACCGUGUCCGUCACCACCUACAACACACUCUACGAGAUCCUGACGGAGCAGGUCUGCACUCAGGUUGUUCACAAGCCGCAUCCUGAACCUGACUCUACUGUGAAAAUCCAAAACCCAAUGAUCCUGAAGGUGGUGGCGACUCUGCUGAAGAACUCCACCCCCAGCGCCGAGCUGAUGGAGGUGCGGCGCCUCUUCCUCUCCGACAUGAUCAAACUCUUCAGCAACAGCCGAGAGAACAGACGGUGUCUGCUGCAGUGCUCGGUGUGGCAGGACUGGAUGUUCUCGCUCGGCUACAUCAACCCCAAGAACUCUGAGGAGCAGAAGAUCACUGAGAUGGUUUACAACAUCUUCCGUAUUCUGCUGUACCACGCCAUCAAGCACGAGUGGGGGGGCUGGAGAGUGUGGGUGGACACUCUCUCUAUAGCGCACUCUAAAGUGACUUAUGAAGCCCAUAAGGAAUAUCUGGCCAAGAUGUAUGAGGAGUACCAGCGUCAGGAGGAGGAGAACAUCAAGAAAGGUAAGAAAGGCCUGGUCAGCACCAUCUCCGGCCUUUCCGCUCAGGCUUCUGCCAUCAAGGGCACGUUGGAGCUGGACGAUAAUUCUCAAACUCAAACCCCCGAGAGUGAAGCAGACGAUCCUGAGACUGUAGAACCUGUAGGACGGAACCUUCUGGCUGAAGCUAAAGGAGCAGAGGUGGAGAACCCGGUCUCUGGGGUCUCUGGGGUCUCAGGGGUGCGGGUGGAGGUCCACGAUUUGUUGGUGGAUAUUAAAGCUGAGAAGGUUGAAGCGACAGAGGUGAAGCUGGACGACAUGGAUCUUUCUCCAGAGACUCUGGGAGUGAGCGACAGCGGCAGCCUGGUGGAGGUGGACUCUCUGCUGGAUAACGUCUACACGGCCGCGGUGGAGAAGCUCAACAACAACGUUAACAAUGUUCUGGUGCCCAAAACCAGCUUAGACCUCAAAAACUCGGGGCCUCUGAUCACCCUGGCGGAAGAUAAAGACGCCGUGCCCAGCAGCAGCACCUUCCUCUUCGCUCCAGUGGGCAUCACCACCACCAACACCGCCGCCAACGCUGACAGUCUGCUAUCUGAUCUAACACCAUCUGAACCCUUACCUCUACCAGGUGGACAGCCCCAGGUCCACACCAGCACCAGCGACCUGGGCCUGCUGGCCCACAUGACUGCUGGAGGAUCGGAUGUGGCCUCCAGCUCUGGAGCUUUAGAGGACUGCUUUAAGAUCCAGUCUUCUCUGGGGGGGUUUGGAUCUUCCUCUCAGUCUGAGAUUUCCUCCAGAGCUCCGGAUCAGACGGAGGGAGCGGCGCCCGAGGCCGAGGCGUCCGGAGGGAAGAACGGCGUUGAUACCACCAGCACCACCUCAGAUACAGAACGCUCUGACGACGGGAAGGAGAAGGAGAUCAAGAAGAUCCAGACCACCGCCACCACACAGGGGGUUCAUGGCCGGGCGGGGGGUCAGCUGGACCGGGAUGUGCGGGUGGACCUGGGUUUCAGGGCGAUGCUGAUGACGGAGGAGCAGCGGCGGCAGUUCAGCCCCGGACCCAGAACCACCAUGUUCCGCAUCCCAGAGUUCAAAUGGUCCCCGAUGCACCAGCGCCUCCUCACCGACCUGCUCUUCGCCCUGGAGGCUGAUGUUCACGUCUGGAGGAGCCACUCGACGAAGUCGGUGAUGGAUUUUGUGAACAGUAAUGAGAACAUCAUCUUUGUGCACAACACCAUCCACCUGAUCUCACAGAUGGUGGAUAACAUCAUCAUCGCCUGUGGAGGAAUCCUGCCUCUGCUCUCCGCCGCCACCUCGCCCUCCUCAGAGCUGGAGGGGGUUGAGGUGACUCAGGGAAUGUCCUCGGAGACGGCCGUGGCGUUUCUGACGCGUCUGAUGUCCAUGGUGGACGUGCUGGUGUUCGCCAGCUCCCUCAACUUCAGUGAGAUCGAGGCUGAGAAGAACAUGUCGUCUGGAGGACUGAUGCGCCAGUGCCUCAGACUGGUGUGUUGUGUGGCGGUGAGGAGCUGUUUGGAGUGCAGGCAGCGGCAGCGGGACCGGGGCUUUAAAUCAUCCAUGUCCAGCUUGAAGCCUCAGGACAGCCUGCAGAACACAGCCGCCUCCAGCAAGUCUGCUAUGGAUAAUUUCCCCGGUAACCUUUCUCCCAUCAUGGACCCGGACCGCCUCCUGCAGGACGUGGACAUCAAUCGUCUGCGCGCCGUCGUUUUCCGUGACGUCGAUGACGGUAAGCAGGCUCAGUUCCUGGCCCUGGCCGUGGUGUACUUCAUCUCCGUCCUGAUGGUGUCCAAAUACCGGGACAUCCUGGAGCCACAGAGAGAGACAGCCAGGGUCAUCAACCAAUCAGGGAGGAGCAUUCGGCAGGAAAUUAACUCACCCACCAGCAUAGAAAAUCCAUUACCGUUCCAAGAUGGAGGUAAGGAUCCCUCCACUCUGAUGGGAGACGCUCACCUGGAGUCACACCUGCCCCACUCAGACUCUGGACUGGGAGAUGAGCAGAUCUCCAGUGUGAUGAACGGCGCCGGUCUGGAGCCCACCCCCGGGGGUCCGAAUGGUUUACGGGGGAUCCUCUGCACCCUCUCCUCUGAGGUGAAGUCUCAGGAGAGCCUGGCUGAAGCUCCGACCAUAGACCUGCUGAAACCCGCCUCCUCCAUCUCCAGCAUCAGCCAGGCCAACAAGGGAAUCAACGUGAAGGAGAUCCUGAAGAGCCUGGUGGCGGCGCCGCUGGAGGCCCCGGAGUGUGGCCCCGAACCCCUGCCCUACCCCGACCACCACCAGGCCAUCAAGAGGGAGACCCACGCCAUGCUGCCCAUGCAGUUCCACUCAUUCGACAGGAGUGUGGUGGUUCAGGCUAAGAAGCCUCAGCCGGGCAGCUCGGCCGUCAACACCGUGGUCAGUUCUGGAUCCUCCAGCACCCCGGCGUCCGGCAACACCCCGAACAUCUUCUCUGCAGCUUCUGCCACUCCUAAAAGCAUGAUCAACACCACGGGAGCUGCAGAUCCUCCUCCUUCCUCCUGCUCCUCUUCCUCCAGCUUUGUGAACGGAGCCACCAGUAAGAACCUGCCGGCGGUGCAGACUGUAGCACCAAUGCCUGAGGACACCAUGGAGAACAUGAGUAUCACCACUAAGUUGGAGCGAGCUCUGGAGAAGGUAGCUCCGUUACUGAGGGAGAUCUUUGUGGAUUUUGCUCCUUUCCUGAGUCGCACUCUGCUGGGGAGCCACGGCCAGGAGCUUCUUAUAGAAGGUCUAGUGUGUAUGAAGUCCAGCACAUCUGUGGUGGAACUGGUCAUGCUGCUCUGCUCUCAGGAAUGGCAGAACUCUAUCCAGAAGAACGCUGGUCUGGCCUUUAUUGAGCUCAUCAACGAGGGGAGGCUCCUCUGUCAUGCCAUGAAGGACCACAUUGUUCGCGUGGCCAACGAAGCCGAGUUCAUCCUGAACCGCCAGCGAGCCGAGGACGUCCACAAACACGCUGAAUUUGAGUCGAACUGUGCUCAGUACGCUGCAGAUCGGAGAGAGGAGGAGAAGAUGUGUGAUCAUCUCAUCAGCGCCGCCAAACACAGAGACCACGUCACCGCCAACCAGCUGAAACAGAAGAUAGUCAACAUCCUCACCAACAAACACGGAGCCUGGGGGGCUCUCGCACACAGUCAUCUGCAUGACUUCUGGCGGCUUGACUACUGGGAGGACGACCUGAGGAGGAGGCGGAGAUUCGUGAGGAACCCGUUCGGCUCCACCCACUUGGACAUCAUGUGCAGAUCGCUGGAUGACUACGCUCGAGAAGAGGAGGAUGACGUGGUGAAGAAGAGGAAGAGUUUCCGCAGUCAGGCAGUGGUCAGUCAGAAUCAGGAGGCGGAGCUUAUGCUGGAGGGUGAAGAUGAUACGGUUAGUCUUCUGCAGGACAAAGAUAUGGACAACCUGGCAGGCCCGGUGGUCCUCAGUACCCCCGCCCAGCUGGUGGCCCCUGUGCUCGCGGCCCGCGGGACCCUCUCCAUCACCACCACCGAGAUCUACUUCGAGGUGGACGAGGACGAUCCGGCCUUCAAGCGCCUGGACCCCAGAAUACUGGCGUACUCUGAAGGGCUUCAUGGGAAGUGGAUGUUCAGUGAGAUCAGAGCCGUGUUCGCUCGGCGUUAUCUGCUCCAGAACACGGCGCUGGAGGUCUUCAUGGCCAAUAGAACUUCAGUGAUGUUUAACUUCCCUGAUCAGCCCACGGUGAAGAGGGUGGUCUACAGCUUGCCUCGUGUAGGUGUUGGAACAAGCUACGGCCUCCCGCAGGCCAGGCGGAUCUCUCUGGCCACACCGAGACAACUCUUCAAAUCCUCCAACAUGACCCAGCGCUGGCAGAGACGGGAGAUCUCCAACUUUGAGUAUCUGAUGUUCCUCAAUACCAUCGCAGGACGAACGUACAAUGACCUGAAUCAGUAUCCUGUCUUCCCCUGGGUCCUCACCAACUACGAGUCCGAGGAGCUGGACCUCACAGUUCCGGGCAACUUCAGAGACCUGUCCAAGCCAAUCGGAUCUCUGAACCCGAAGCGUGCGGUGUUCUACGCAGAGAGCUAUGAAUCCUGGGAUGAGGAGACUCCGCCCUGCCACUACACCACUCACUACUCCACCGCUGACUCCACCCUUCACUGGCUGGUCAGAAUAGAACCCUUUACCACCUUUUUUCUCAACACCAACGGCAACAAGUUUGAUCACGCCAACCGUACCUUCUCCGGGAUCAUGCGCUCGUGGAGGCACUGCCAGCGAGACACGUCAGAUGUGAAGGAGCUGAUCCCGGAGUUCUACUACCUGCCGGAGAUGUUUGUGAACAGUAACGGUUACUGUUUAGGGGACAGAGAUGAUGGCACACCUGUCUGUGAUGUGGAGCUUCCUGCCUGGGCCAAAACACCUGAGGACUUUGUUAGGAUCAACAGAAUGGCUCUGGAGAGUGAGUUUGUGUCGUGUCAGCUGCACCAGUGGAUUGACCUUAUUUUCGGCUACAAGCAGCGCGGGCCCGAGGCCGUCCGCGCCCUCAACGUCUUUCACCACCUGACCUACGAGGGCUCCGUCAACCUUGACGGCCUCGCCGCCGACCCCCAGCUGCGCGAGGCUAUGGAGGCUCAGAUCCAGACUGUUGGACAGACGCCAUCUCAGUUGCUCAUCGAGCCCCAUCCUCCUCGCAGCUCCGCCAUGCACCUGUGUUUCCUUCCGCAGAGUCCGCUCAUGUUUAAGGAGCAGAUGCAGCAGGACGUGAUCAUGGUCCUGAAGUUUCCCUCUAACUCCCCGGUUACCCACGUAGCCGCCAACACGCUGCCCCACCUGGCCAUGCCCGCCGCCGUCACCGUAACCUGUAGCCGGCUCUUCGCCGUCAACCGCUGGCACAACACCGUGGGUCUGCGUGGAGCUCCGGGUUACUCAUUAGAACAGUCCCAUCACCUGCCUAUUGAAAUGGACUCCCUGAUUGCGAAUAACGCAGGGACGAAUAAGAGGCAGAUCACAGACCUGGUGGACCAGAGCAUCCAGAUCAACUCCCAGUGUUUCGUGGUAACUGCAGACAACCGGUACAUCCUGGUGUGCGGCUUCUGGGACAAGAGUUUCCGCGUCUACUCCUCAGAGACUGGUAAGCUGACGCAGAUCGUGUUCGGUCACUGGGAUGUGGUGACGUGUUUAGCUCGUUCUGAGUCGUAUAUCGGGGGGGACUGCUACAUCGUCUCUGGAUCCAGAGACGCUACGCUACUGCUGUGGUACUGGAGCGGCCGACACCACAUUAUAGGAGAUAACCCCAAUAACAGUGAUUAUCCAGCACCGCGUGCAGUUCUCACCGGUCACGACUAUGAGGUCGUGUGUGUGUCGGUGUGUGCCGAGCUCGGCCUGGUCAUCAGUGGUGCCAAAGAGGGUCCGUGUCUGGUCCACACCAUAACCGGGGAUCUCCUCCGAGCUCUGGAGGGACCAGAUAACUGCUGCCUCCCCCGUCUCAUCUCCGUCUCCAGCGAGGGCCACUGCAUCAUCUGCUACGAGAGGGGCCAAUUCUGCAACUUCAGCAUCAACGGGAAACUGCUCGCCCAGAUGGAGAUUAACGACUCCACACGAGCGCUCCUACUGAGCAGUGAUGGUCAGACUCUGGUGACGGGAGGAGAUAACGGCGUGGUGGAGGUGUGGCAGGCCUGUGAUUUUAAACAGCUGUAUGUGUAUCCGGGCUGCGACGCUGGAAUCAGAGCCAUGGAUCUCUCACACGAUCAGAGGACUCUGAUCACCGGUAUGGCGUCUGGUAGUAUUGUAGCAUUUAACAUUGACUUUAACCGCUGGCAUUAUGAGCAUCAGAACAGGUACUGAGUCCUGUAGACCACAGGGUGUCCUGCUACUGACGCUUUAAUACAGGAGCAAACUGAUCUACCAGCAAAACACCUGAACAUAUCCGAGCAGAGAAGGAAAAAAGAAGAGUCUCUGCGUUUUAUCUGUGGACAGAAUGUGAUUGUUCUGCAGCUACAGGUUCUCUACAGUACUGUACUGAGAUACUUUAUUCCUGAGACGAUUUAUUGUGUUAAUACGAUGUGGGCCUUAUAAAACACAAAGCACGGCCUAGAACCCCUUUAGUUUUGUUCUAGACAACAAUAAGCUGAUGUGAAUCAGCCCGUUUUUUCUUGUCCCACAAUUUAAACUGUGAAAAUAUUAUUCUGCACCGAGGAGAGAAAGCUACCGUGUUUCUACAGUGUACAUUUGUACAUGCUAGCAGCAGAUCACCUUACUGAGAAUUAUUUUCAGGGUAAAUAUGUGGUUAAUGAUUGUAAAUAUACAGCUGAUGUUAAAAUAUAUUCCUUAAGAAAAAGCUAAGCUUUGUUAAACUCA